GUUCGGCAUUCAGCAAAUCAGCAAUUGUGAAAUUGAAAGAGUCGGGAGAAAAAAGUGCAGAAGCAGAUUGGUUACUGAAUAAAAUUUAAUUUGCACUUUCUUAUCGGAAAGUUAACAAGAAAUACGUGAUACUUACAAUGUUUAGAAUACUGAAAAGUGCUAUUAGAAACCACAAAUUUGCAGUAGCCAGCUAUGCAACGCAAUCUCAACCUUUAACUUCUCCAGAUGUUCUUUAUACCGGUAUUUUCAUUGACAAUGAAUGGCAUAAGAGUAGAGAGGGUAAAAAUUUUGCCACUAUAAAUCCAACAACGAGUGAAGUUAUUGCUCACGUUCAACAAGCUGGCCCUGCUGAUGUUGAAGUUGCUGUCAAAGCAGCCAGAAGCGCUUUCAAAUUGGGCUCCCCAUGGCGCAGGAUGGAUGCCAGUGAUCGUGGUGUUUUAAUAAAUCGUCUUGCAGAUUUAAUGGAACGCGACAAAAAUUAUCUCGCUAGUUUAGAAACAUUGGAUAAUGGUAAGCCUUUCGCAAUGUCAUACAAUGUUGAUUUGCCAAUGUCAAUCAAAUGUCUACGUUAUUUCGCCGGUUGGGCUGAUAAAAAUCAUGGUAAAACGAUUCCAAUGGAUGGUGACUUUUUUGUUUACACACGUCAUGAACCAGUUGGAGUUUGCGCUCAAAUAAUUCCAUGGAACUUUCCCGUUUUAAUGAUGGCUUGGAAGCUGGGCCCUGCAUUAUCUACUGGAAACACAAUUGUGCUAAAACCAGCCGAGCAAACUCCUCUUACUGCAUUAUAUAUUGCUCAGUUAAUAAAAGAAGCCGGUUUUCCAGAAGGAGUUGUUAAUGUUCUUCCUGGGGAUGGGUCUACAGGGGCUGCAUUAGCUCAACAUAAAGAUGUGGACAAAGUAGCAUUUACAGGUUCAACAGAAGUUGGAAAACUAAUACAGAAAGCAUCAGGAGAUACCAAUUUAAAGCGCGUAACACUUGAAUUGGGUGGUAAAAGUCCGAAUAUUAUUUUAUCUGACACUGAUAUGAAUUAUGCUGUCGAAACAUCACAUUUCGGUUUAUUUUUUAAUAUGGGACAAUGUUGUUGUGCUGGUUCACGCACAUUUAUUGAAGAAAAGAUUUACGACGAAUUUGUUGAACGCUCAGCAGAACGCGCUAAAAAACGUACUGUUGGUAAUCCAUUUGAAUUGACGACAGAGCAAGGUCCUCAAGUGGAUGAAGAACAAAUGAAUAAAAUUUUAAGUUUAAUUGAAAGUGGCAAAAAAGAUGGGGCUAAACUGGUUGCUGGUGGUUCUCGUUAUCAAGGGCUACCCGGCUAUUUUGUGGAACCAACUGUUUUUGCUGACGUUAAAGAUAAUAUGCGUAUCGCAAGGGAAGAAAUUUUUGGACCUGUACAACAAUUGAUACGAUUCAAGUCAUUAGAUGAAGUUAUAGAACGAGCCAAUGCAACAGAAUACGGAUUGGCAGCUGCAGUAUUUACUAAAGACCUUGAUAAAGCAAAUUAUAUUGUGCAAGGUUUAAGAGCUGGUACCGUAUGGGUUAAUUCAUAUAAUGUUCUUGGAGCCCAAGCUCCUUUUGGUGGCUACAAAAUGUCUGGACACGGUCGCGAAAAUGGAGAAUAUGCGCUACAGAAUUACACUGAAGUUAAAAGCGUUAUUGUUAAAAUCCCGCAAAAGAAUUCAUAAAUUUUUUUAAAAUUUUUCAUAUUUUUUUUUUAUUUUGUUUUUCAUAUACAGAUGUAUGUACAUAAUUGAAAAGCUAUAGAAUUACAAAAACUUGUAAAUGAUUUUCUAAAUAAAUAUAAAUUUUGUAAAAAA